AUGGCUCCACGACAACAGAAGGUGAUGAUCCCUCCGAUCAAUCUCCUGUUUACUUUUCUUCAAUCACAAACACCGGUUCAAAUUUGGUUAUUUGAACAAGUCGACUCGCGUCUAGAAGGUACAAUCAAGGGUUUCGAUGAGUUUAUGAAUGUCGUCAUUGAAAAUACUGUUGAAGUGAACUAUAAGAAAAAUACUCGCAGAGAGCUUGGACGCGUUUUGCUCAAGGGCGACAAUAUUACUCUCGUGUCGAGCUUAGAAGGCGAGCCCAAAUAA